AGUGGGAGUUUUGAAAUCCUAGUGCAUGUAAAACCUCAGGAGUAACCUGUGAUGAUAUCAGUAGGGUGUGUCCAAGGAGGGGCGUGUUUAAGUUCAGAUCUCGAAAAUUCAAAAGUUUGUUCCCAGGCAAGUUGCCGUCGUGUUGCAAACCAUUGCUCAAAUCUUCUUGAUGCAGUGCUAAUAUUCAAAACGUGGUUCAUUCAAAGGCAAAGCGAUCUUCCAUCCACAACCUCUGAGAUAGAUAUUAAAUCCAAUGGUGAAGGUAGUAUCCUACCCUAUAAUAACAUGACUAAUGGUCAGCACCCAGUUUUACACAAUCAGAUAAAUCAACAUUCAAGUUAUGUUGAACGAGAUUGGGUGAUGAUGCAUGCUAAAAGAACAGAAGGUCAGUUAAAUCGUCUCCGAAAUUCGGUUGCGAGUAUGCGUGCUCAGCUUCAAGCUGGACUUCGCCAUAAACUAGAGUGUGAACAGUUGCGAAGGGAUUUGGAAAUGCACAAAGAUACAAUAUCUCACUAUCAGAAUAUCAUCAAUGAAGGUAAUCGGCUUCGCGAUGAUUUAAGAGAGGAACUAGUUCGUGUUCGAAAAGAAGCUGCUAUUGCUCGAUCACGGUUAACUUCAGCGUCAACUCAACGUGCUGUCAACAGUCCAGUUACUAGUACCCCGCAUGCUCCUAAUCAUCAUCCCGUCGAUGAAGUCGAUAAAAUGGCUACAACAAUGAUGGUCAUGACCAAUCAUACUGAGCAUAGUCAAUUACAUGAUCUACCGCCUCAAGAUACUAUAAUCCAAUUACGAACGCAAAUAGAACAUCGUAUUAGACUGUCCGAGUCUCUGAAAUCUGAAGUUAAAAACCUAAGAGAAACAAUAAGAGAAAUGCUUGAAAAGGAACUUGCUCAAUCUCAUAUUAUUGACUCAAUACGAACAGAAUUUAAAACCUUAAUUGAACCUUUUUGGCGUUUACUACAAAGGAAUUACGAUUUAAAUCAAAUGAAAUUAUUAAAUGCAAUAUUAAAUAUCCACUGUAUAACACGAAUAGCCAAACUACUUACUAUUCCAAUUCCUGACCAUGUAACUAUGGAAUUAUCUCAAUUCACUGACUGUGAUCCGGUUGUUGCAGAUAGCAAAUCUCAGAAGUUUAAUAGAAAAGCCUCAAAGUCAGUGAAUAAUUCUACCAUAGCUAAAUCACCGAAAAAAGAUUUUAACGAAUCGAAUGGAAACAUUCAUCUCAUUAAUUCUCUAGCUAAGCCUUCAACUGAUCAAAAAGCUUUUGAAGUGCAUAGCAGGUCUAAUGAAACUUCGACAGUUAAAAGUGUCAAAUUAUCUAUCGGUUCAAAUAAAGUGGAUUUGGAUGAACCUGGUCAAGAUGAAAUACUGAAAAAUGGUUCACCUUGUGAAGUAGAUAAAGUAGAAUUAAUGUCUGAUUACUCAUCAAGUGAGAGUAGUAGGUGUGGUAGUUUGAAAUUUCCUGAUAUAUCUCCCUCCUCUUCUGAUCAUGAUGACGAUGGUGAUGGUGCUUUUAAUAAUAAUGACAAAAGUAAAAGUUCGAAUGGUAACAAUGAUGAUGACGACAAUAAUACUGGUAGUGAUAAUAAAGAUUUACAAGAGUUUUCUAAAGAUAUAUUUGAGGAUCAAAAUGUAAUUAUUCAAUCCCCUCUUCGUCAAUCGAGCAUCACAACCGAUGAAUCAAAUGGUCUCAAGGGUAAAUCAGUAAAUAUUAGUUCACUGUCUUGUCAUGAAACUUCUAACAAUGAUUUUAAUUCCUCUGUGAUUGUAAAAGAUAUUCAACCUGCUGAAAACACAGUUUCUGGCUUACAUUCAAAAGAUGUUAAAAACAAUUCUCAGGUAUUGAAGGAAGAUCUAAUCAUUUCGGAAGUAUCGUCAAGUGAAAAUGUUACGGAUAAUAAUAAAGGUGAGAAUGAAGUAACAAAUUGUUCCGAUUCAAAAACAUUAAACUCCUCUUGUAUUCCAAAAUCUUCCGAUAAAUCUCAUAAAAUGGUCACUCGAAGUAAAAUGAAAAAUAAUUCUCAAAUAAUUGACUGUUCACCGAAUACAUCAUCUCUUCACUCUAAUGAUAAUUUUUCAAUUGAUCUAUGUGAGAAAUCAUCAGAUUCAAAAGCUAAAUUGAUUUUAGAGGAAACAUCAUAUUUGAAAACGUCAACUAAACCACUUGUACAACAAAUAAAGAAAUUAGAAAAGCGCUCUAAAAUAAACGUAAUUUUAGAUGAUAAUGUUCCCUCUCGUGUACUGACCUGUCCUUCGACGCUUUCUCGUGGUUCCAGUUGUCCUGCAUUAUCAUUAUCAUCAUCACUUAAAUCUGAUGUUCAACUAUUUUCAUUAUUAUCAGAUAAGUAUUCAUCUGAUAUUUUACAGUGGUGUGAUAGGCUGUGUUCAUCAUCUUUCUUGAAUGACAUUCCAAAAAUCUGUUAUAGAAGUCAAAUGUUAUCUACUUCGACUAAUUCUAAGACUCAGCUUCAAGUCCCUGUCAUUGUCGAAGCUCGCCAAACUCAUUCCAGUCCGAUAAAAAACAAACAACUAUGUAAGCUGAAUGAUGAAAAAAUAAUUCGUAAAAGGAAGGUAAGCAGUGAAUCCCAUUGCGGGAAAAAAAUAGUACUUGAUUGUUUAUCCACUGAUGUGUCUUUACCGGAGGCUGCAAAUCAUAUGAUUACUGAUAAUACAAAACCAGAUCACCAAUAUGCCGAGAUAAAACAAAAAUGUAUUAAUUUCCUAUUAUCAACCAAAGAUUCAAUUAAAAAAGCGCCAACAGAUUUAUCUAGUGAAUUAAAACAAACGAAUAUGCCAAUGCAAAUUAUUCUAUCUUCACUAAAUACUAUUUUAACUUCAGUCAAUUAUUCAAAUUGUUCGUUACUUUUAAAAUCAAUGGAUGAGAAAUUUGUAUCUUUAUGUCAUGGUAUAAGUGUUGAUCAUCAAAUGGAAAUGUUGCAUUGCUAUCAACAAUCUACUCAAUGGUUACUUAAUACCUGUAAUAAAUUCACUGAAAUAACUCAAUAUUCGAUUGCUUGUGGUGUUAUUUUCAAAUUAUUAUCUAUUAAUUUAGAUCUUGUUCAAGUAGAAUGGUCUAGACAAUUUUUAAUUCAAUAUCUGAGUCAUUUAUUUCAUCAAGCAUUUACACAACAAGAUUUUGCUUUAUAUUUAAUGCCACAUAUAAUAGAUAAUUGUUUAAUUGCAUUUCCUAAUUUAUGGUUUAAUGUGGAAUUAAUCAAAAAUGAAUUUGAAUUUCAUUCGCGUACUCCAGCGGUGGUUGAUAAUAAUGAUCACUUGUCAUUUUCCUACAUAACCACUACAUUAAAAACAUUAUUAGCUUGGCAGGAAGCACGAGAAGCACGAAAUGCCUGUUUAAAAUCUGAUGUUCAGUCUAAUUCUAACCAGGUAGCUGUUUACCGUAGACUUCGUCAAAAAGGUUGGCUACCAGCUAAAGCAUCCGAGUCUUCAGCACCUAUUGAGAUGCAUAACUUUGCAUUCUCUCAACAGACUCAUCGUAUUCGCUGUUUAUGUCUUGAACUGGUAGAUACAUGUUUAAAUGUGUGUCGUGAUCAUAUCACAGAUGAUUCUUCAACACAUGUGACGAUAUUGUCUAAGACGGUGGUUGAUUCAGAUAUUAUUUACUCCUUAAGAUUAAUUCUAUCUGCAAUGGCUUUUGUUGUUGGUGAAGAGGCAAUGAUCGGUUUCCACGAUGAACAACCUGCCAGUGUUUCUUCAAGAUCUAGAAAUCAUCAACGUACACGAAGAUAUCGGCAAGUGGAACGACACCGACAGCAUGGUUUGUUAGGUUGGCUUCUCACGGGUCGACUACUUCCAUGGUUAACAAAAUGUUUGAAAAUGAAAGAUUUGUUAUCAAACAAUGAUAUAUUGAAUCUUAUCAGUCGUUUAAGUUGUUUAAUUACAGAUAUCAUUAUCUAUGGUUCACAUUUAUUCAAAACUAAUAAUCCUGGGAAACAAUGUAAUUCAUUAAAACAAUUAUUAUUCGAUACUGGAAAUCAAUUUUUAAAUAUAUUAAAUCAUGAUAAAUCAAAGGAAAUUAUGAAUAAUAAAUUACUAUUCAUCUAUAUAAUAUGUUCCAUUCGUUUAAUUGCUUUUAAUCCAAAAUUAAUUAUUCAGUUUAUUGGUAAAUUACCAUUGGAGUUAAUAAUUAAAUUUAUUGAACAAGUAAAUCAUAAUGAAUUAUUCUCUUAUCUAUGGCCAUCCUCGUCAUCAUCAUUGUCAACAACAUCUUCAAUAACACAUUCAUUGAAAGAUCUAAUUGAACAAUCUAUUUCACUUGUAAAUAAUAAUAAUAAUAAUAAUAAUAAUAAUAGUGAUAAUUCCGAUAUAUCUGUUGAACUGUUACAACAAUAUACUCAAACAUGUCAAAUAAUUUUAACUAAGCUAUCAUUGUAAAUCUCUAUUUGUUUAAAGAUAAUGAUUUAUUUAUUUGUACAUUUUUUGUAUUUAUAAGUCUAUAGUUUUGUAAAUUUUUGAGUUUAGUCUUUGUACAUAAAAGAAAAAAAGGGCUAGUCAUAUUUUGUAUGUCAGGAGACAAUAAACAGAAAACAACUACAUAUUUGUACAUUCACACUAUUUAUUUGUACUGGAUCUUACUUGCAAUAUGUACUUUUAUUGUUAUAUACAUUUAUCAAAAUUGAAGAAAUACACAAAUUGUCUUAUUGCAAGUCAGUUUCUGUGUUUACUUUUACUAAUACAUAUAUGUAUGUGUUGCAUGUUGAAGUGAUGGGUCAGUGGUUAAAACAUUUGAUUUUCAGGUUCUAACUUCACUUCGCUUUUAGUUCGGUUUAAGCAAUUGAUUAGUGUCAAUAGCUCUCAUACUUACAUAUAGAAUAUUUUCCAAAGCUAAAUAAAUUAAUCUGUUUUCCUGGUGAAUGAGUUGAAGAACAUUUGUAUAAUUAGAAUGAAAGCUAAUUUCAAUUAUUUUUUGUCAGCAGUAGCUUGAUUUGCUUAAUCAUUUUUACUAUUUACAUUGAAAGUAAAAUCUUUCCAUUAAAGAAGUGUAGUAUGGGAUAGGGGAGUGGAGUGAGUGACUUAUUAAUCUGAACAAUUUUUUUUUAACCGGUACAAUUCAAUCUUGAGUCUAAUAAACUUUCAUAGCCGACUAGUAUCAAGUAUCAUCAUAAAAGUGAGUACCGUAGAGUCAAAUAUACAAAUUUACGUUUGGUUAACGAAAUGAAUUAAUUAAGUCAAAUAGUAUUCCGUUUGCUUAUCUGCGCAAACAUAUACAUGCUACUUGUAUUGUAUUUCUUCAGGAGACCAGCAUUUUAAGAUCAGUUUCAUCUUUGCCGAUGAACGUAUUAAGUUGCUAUUCUGAUUGUAGUAGAUUUCAAAGGCUUCACUGACUACUGCUGUACUAUUGUUGAAUAGCCCAACCUCUUACGAUUAAUGAGUGAACAACUACUGAAUAGGUGAAUGUUUGUUUGAUAAGGCAAAAAAUCAGUGUCUUACGAGAUAGUUUGAUAGUAUAAGUCGUUACAAAGGUGAGUAUUAUUCUCAGUCCAUACAAAUAUAUGAACGUUAGAAAAAGCUAAGGAAUUGCAAUAGUAUUCAAACAUUUCUACUGAAUUCAGUAGUUUACGUUGUUAGAUGAUGGAGAUUGGUCGAUCGGGAACCCUGCCUCCAACUGUUUUGCAUCUGAGUAGAUUCAAUUAGACUAGCAGCCUUAUUGCAAAUUGACAGAUUUCUAUCGAUCAACAAUGAAGAAGAACCAGACAAAUAUCACAUCGGUCACAUCUCAGCAAUCAGUCAACUGUAGUUCACGUUUUUCAGUUAAAUUUGAGCUGCGAACUACUUCCAAUUUAAACUACUACCUAAUAUGAAAUGUGUUUAGUUUUUAGUUAAUUUUUCCCACACAUAUAUGUUUUUCAAAAAGUUAUUUUCCCCCACCUUAAUUGAAUUCAGACAAUGGUGGUACCUUUGCCAGCAGUUGCGGAGCGUAUGAACAACCCGAAUAAUCCAGUCGUUUUCUUUGAUGUCACGAUUGGUGGACAGGAAAUCGGUCGAAUGCAAUUCGAACUAUUUCAAGAUAUUGUCCCGAAAACUGUAGAGAAUUUUAGGCAAUUCUGUACAGGUGAAUACCGUAAAGAUGGUGUACCAACUGGUUACAAGGGAACAUCAUUCCAUAGAAUCAUUAAAGAUUUCAUGGUACAAGGCGGGGAUUUCAUUAAUGGUGACGGAACCGGAUCGUUUAGUAUUUAUGGCGGUGUACAAUUUGCAGAUGAGAAUUUUGAAGUGAAACAUUGUACUUGUGGAAUGCUGUCUAUGGCAAAUAGUGGUCGGGAUACAAAUGGAUGCCAGUUCUUCAUUACUUGUGCCCCUUGUGACUUUCUCGAUGGGAAACAUGUGGUUUUCGGUCGAAUUGUCGAUGGGAUGUUAGUUUUGAAGAAAAUUGAAAAUGUGCCAACUGGUGCUAAUAAUCGUCCGAAAGUUCCUGUACUAAUAUCACAAUGUGGAGAAAUGUAAACAACUUGGAUAUGACCAUUUAUUGGAAUUAUUCAUUAUUAUUAUUUUUAUCAUCACUACACUUGUUUGUGUAUUGUACAAAGUAUAACAUUAAAUGUUGUUUUCUGUGUGUCAAAUCAUAAUGUUUUAAUUAAAUAUAAAUGAUUAUUUUGAACCUGUGUUCAUUGGUUUCAUGUGUAUGUGUGCUGUUUUUGUUUCACUGUAUACCUAGAUAAAUGAAUUUUCCUCUUUUAUUUAAAAUUAAUUUCUAUGCAUUAGGUUUAUCUGUUAAUUUAAAAUAUUUUUAUAUUAAUUAGAUAUUUAUAAUGUGUAGCGUUAAAUUAUUUUUUCGACAUAACAUCUUCAUUGAUUGGUGGUGUGAUAGAAGCAAUAAAGCCACUUCAUCCAACAUUAUUAACUCUAUAAGCAAUAGACUUAUCUUGCUGACUACUUGUGUAUACCAUUGGUUGGGUAGUCCGAUCGUGUGUGUGUGUGUGUGUUAGUCAGUUAUUCAUAUGCAACUUAGAACCUGGGAUAUACUUGCAUUGCUUCAAGUUGCCACAGCAUAUCACCAGGUGGGAUGUCACAGCAGGAGAAGUAGUAAUAGCAUUAGUGGUAGUGGAAAAGAUUAGGCUAAGACAAUGUGGUUUGAAAAGAAAAAGUAGAUUAUUUGUAUGGCAAAAAAUCGUAGUAUAAUUUAUGAACUUGGUAUCUAUAACUAGACGAAGAGUGAAUACAGUUGCGCCAUGGUGAAAAAUUCUGUACCAUGUGUAUGUUUAAUAAUAAAUAUAUUUUUUUGUUAUAUCCCAGUGAGUAGAAAGAUUGUAUUUCUGACGUUUCGCGACUUAAUGUAAGCCAUUUCUUCGGAGUGAAUAAAUAACCGAAUUCAGAAAUACAAAUUUUCUACUAAUUGGGAUAUAACAAUAUAUAUAUUUAUUAUUAACUCUCUACCCAAUGCUCAAUUUAUUUGAAACUUAAGUCCAACCUUGGAAUUAAUACCCAUAAACUCAUGUGUAUGUUUGAUUUAUUGAGUCAAUGAUACUAAGUAGGUCCUAUAAAGUGUCCGGCUAUGAGUUUCACUGAUCAUUUUGUUACUAAAUAUUCAUAAUGGUAAUACAAAAGUGUACUUCCUAUGUUUUAUUUUAAGAGAUUACAUAACUUCUGCUUGUCGUUUGUGUAUUAACAUAAUUUUAUUGAUAUUCUAUUUACUAUGACAAAAACACGUAGACAUUUCAACAUGUAUGAAAAAAGUAGGAACUUUUCAUGAGAUUCGUCUCCAAUUGUUUUCCAGACUUCAUUGUACUGUUUUUGUACCUUCAACCGUUUAAUUGAUUUUCAUAAAAAAAGAACCCAGAGUUGCGUACAAACAGUUCAACCAGAUUGUUGAAAGUUAUACAAAUGGGUUUUUAUAGUCCGUGCGAGUUGUGCACUUGUGCCAUAAUCAUAGAUUAUGUAUACCUUCCUAUUUGUCAACUCCAUAUAGCAUGAAGUAAUAUAGUAUAUGCUUUAAACUACUUAAUGACCAAAAGCUGAGUACUGUAACCAUGCUGACUUACCUACAGGAGUCUGAAUAUUUGUGUAGUAUCACUGACGCAUACGCAACGUGUGUCUCAAAAUUGACGACAUAGUCGUGUAUACUGUUACUUAAUAAUAUCAUUUAUAGGACUAAUUUAAAACAUUUUGUUUUUCGGUAAUUAUUCACCUUUUAAAUUCAUAUUUCUUCUACUAAUAUUAAUCAUAGGCAUCCACAGAAAUUGCCCCUAAAAUCUCCGCUUCUCGUGUGCUAAGCAGUACUCGUAUUUCUGAGUUAAAUGAUUCCAAUGUGAGUUAUUCAUCAAAAGUAGGCAAACUAUCACGGCAUCGAUUACGUGUUGCGCUGGAUGAUGAUGAUAGUGUUAGCGAUAAAGAAAAUGACUAUACAGAUCUCGACAUAUCCACUCAUUUACCGUCUUCUAUUCCUCCAAUUGAAUCAACCAGAAUCCCACGAGGUGAAGAAUCUUCAUCAUCAUCUGAUGACGAAAGACGUUUAAAUUAUGAAUCAUCAGAACAAGAAUCUAAUAGUGGUGUUACUGAAGACGAAGCGGAAUCUGUUGUCAAUGUUGAUUCUAAUGAUUCACAUGUGAGAAAUAACCGUCGUCGUGAAAAUGACUUAAAACGUGACUCCAAACGACGUGCUUACUCACCAAAUGAAAUUUCCGAAGGAUACAAUACUAAUAACCAACAUGAACUGCCGUCUGGCGCAGAUGAUGAUGCGGUGGACACUGAUGUAUUGGAGAGAUUACGUAAGAUUUCCAAAGGAGCAGCGAAACGUGUUGUCAAGAAUCCUCGUCCCAAACUUGAUCCUCAAAGAUUAUUGAGUAACAAAGGUUUGCCGGCUCUGCUGGAAGAUUUCAAAAAAGUUAAAUUUCGAGGUAAAGGCUAUGAGUUUCAAGAUUUGAAUAAACUAUUAUUUGUUUAUGAAGCAUGGAGUCAUCGUUUGGUACCUAGAAUGAGUUUUCCUGAAGUUAUAGAUCGUUUGGAAAGUGUUGGAAGUAAACGUGAAAUACGUGUUGCUUUACAUCGACUUCGUAAUGGUAUUUGGCCACCAUAUACAAGUGAAGAACAAGCAGUACCAUCUGAUAAUGAAAGCACAUCAGAACAAGAAGAUCCGGAUGUAAUAUGGAAACGGGCUUUAGAAUCUGUUCCUGAGGAUGCAAUCAAUUCUACAAAAUCCCCAUCUACAAUAAAUGAUGUUUACGGAAAAGAAUUGAAUCAUAAAAAUGAAACUGAAGAUUCAACUGGCAGCUUCAACAUACAAUCACCACAAGUGCAACCAUCUACUUCAUUUGAUUUUGAGUCAAGAGCUGAAAGAAAUAAACGUUUAGCGUUAGAACGACUUGCAGCUCGAAAAGCUCGUUCUGAAACAAUUAAUAAUGAAAAAUUACAAUUGUCUACAAAUCAUAUAUUAAAGAAUGCCUUGAAAGCUGCAGUCAAUACCACCCCUCUGUUGAACAAAGCUGAUACCACUAAAUCAUUUCCAGACUCUCCUGUGAAUAAGAAAUUGGAUACUGAUGUUUCCAUCGAUAUACCCUGUUCAGAAAAUACUCAUACUGUUUCUUACAAUGCUACUACCCUUACUAUAACACAUGACAAUCACGAGACUUCUCCUUUUUUGGAAGGAACUCCAGCCAGUCCUGACAAAUUACCAUCAGUUUUAUACGAAGUAGCGUCACCAUGUCAUGAAGACGAGUCAGGUCUUGUUAUUGAUCUAAACUAGAUUUGUUACUUUGUUCAAUGUCUCGUUCCAAUGACUGGUUCAUUACUUCAUUUUUGUAUAAAUAUUUCGUCCUAUAUACCUUUUUAAUAAAAUGACAAGUUAAUAUAAUUUGUGUUUAAAAAAAGUGCUUAAACUAAGGUUGUGAUUGGGUUUCUGUGAGAGGUAACAGUUUCCUCUUAUUGAUUCGGUGCAAUACUUCGUUUAAGAAAAGGUAUAUGACUUUGUAAACCACUGGUAUAUAUUUAUUGUGAAGUUUCGAGUAAUUUCCCAGGUAAGUGUGAAUAUAGAAUUACGAAUAUACACAUAAACGAGAAUAUUUUAGGUGAACAAUGGUCAACUGACUUGGGUAGAUAACAGACAUACAUAUGCAAGUUCACAUAAUGACUAAUUAGAUUAGAAUGAUUAACCUGUUCAAAAAUCAAGACAAGUUACGUAGACAAUUUUGCCACUACAGGAUAAAAACUGUAUGAUCAAUAAACGUACCUGGAUUUUCGUAUGUGGUGCCAGGUACAAGAGCGCUCGAAAAGCAUGAUGUAUCAGAUUUCCAUUCCGACUAAUCGGUUUCUCGAAACUAGAAAGCAACUUUUGAUAGUGUAAUAAGACAAAGAUUAUCAGAACAAUGUAUAUAUAAUCUGGACAAAUUCAAGGCAAGAAAAAACAAAGAUAUUCAAGAAAAUAAUAUGAAAAUGUGGAACUCAUCAUUCUGGAUAACAAACUAAUAUGUUUUGGAAAACAACUGACAUUUUCGUCGUUGACCUGAAUAAUCAUCGAACAUAAUGGUAAUUUGACUGUAAUUUUGUUAUUCAUUUGAACAUAUAAAUACUGGCAUAAAAGUACAUCAAAUAUAUAUGCACCACACAAGAACAAUAAGGCUGUGAAGGUUUUGAUUGAGAUCAUAGUGGUCUAACAUCGAUCGGUUCACGAUCUCAAUUAAAAUAAUAAUUAGUGUAUGGGAGAGGUAGUACAGUUGACAUAUAAAUAUUGUCACAAAGGGGCACCAAAUACAUAUGCGCCACACAAGCACAAUAAGGCUGUAAAGAGAUCGAGAAUGUAAAGUGCGUACAACAAAAAGGAGAACAACGAACAGAUUACGGUAUCACUUUUAAGAGAACCAGUGGUGUCUGUAUAAUCUUAAUCCACUUUACCCAGUGUCAAAUCCAGAGAUGUAAAUAUCGAGCUAUCAUAUCCGCGAACGAUCUGAGAUAUUUGAUCUUAUUGAUCAGUUAGUAGUAGUUACCGGUCAGAUUUCCUAUGCCUCCAAUAAGACCGGCUGACAUCAUGGUAUCUAUUUUGAUAUGUCUAAAGACGAGUGUGUUUGGACAUAAGUGCAAUACCUUAAUUUAUCGUCAUAAUGUAAAAUAAUUGACACUGGUACCGAUGCUUCUGUUUCAGUAAAAUAAGUAAUGAAUGUCAGUGUGUGGUGGUAUUAGUUCCUAACAACAUGAUUUUUGAGUCUGAGUGUGUAACUACUGAGAUUCGCACACAAUAUGUAACACUAAGGGAGGGUCAACAACAAUGAACGCGGG